CACAGAGCUGUUGGACCAUGCAAAUACAGCCAGAGUCCCAGAGGCUAGCAGCAGCCUACGCAUUCAGAGGAUCGAGAACAGUGAGGCACAGAGGGAACGCAGGCAGCUGAGCUAAGCAGCUACUGAGCGCCCAAGGCGAGGGGGAGCUGGCAUACAGGCUCACGGUGACACGGUGAGGGGCACGGCUGACAGGGUGGGAAGCAUCCUCUCCAAACCGUAAACCGACUGAUCCGGUACAGCUAAGAUUCAGAGAGGAAGACUUUGAUGUAACAAAAGUUUUCCAAAUAAAGAAAAAGACUGAUUUAAUAGAAUCAACCAACAGGGCAGCAGUCUGAACAUUUGAUGCAUAAGGGACAGAGUGCAGCAACAUUAUCAGAAACAAACUGAUUCUGUAACUGGAUUACAAACUGAGCAGGAAUUCUCCACGUUUCGCCUUUCUGCAGAACAGGUGGCAUGCUGUAUGAAAGCAAACUCUAUAAGGACAAGCACAUCGACAGACCAGUCCACUAUGCAGUAGAGUGACCAAAGAAACAGAAAUAACGGACUGUUCUGUCUUACCGAUUACUUAAUCAAAAAGAUACAGUAGCUUGAAUUGAAGACUGAGUUCAUGGAUCCUUAAGAUUCUUGUGACUUCUCCAUUGAAAAUCAAAGAUAUUCAGUAGCCCAGAAGGAAGCACGGACUUUUACUGUCCACUGCCACUGAUUAACAUGCAGUUUGAAAAGAUGGACGCACAGAUGGGGACCGUCAUUGUGAAAAAGACUUUACUUAUUCUGUACCUCUGUCAUAUACUUACAGCUUUGGAGAUGGACGUACCCCUUGACUCAACACUUCUUGCAGAAUUGCCGCAGCCUCCAACAAUCACCCACCAGUCUCCUAAAGAUUACAUAAUUGACCCUCGAGAGAACAUAGUAAUCCAGUGUGAAGCAAAAGGAAAGCCACCUCCCAGAUUUUCCUGGACACGUAAUGGUACUCAUUUUGACAUAGAUAAAGACCCAGUUGUGAUAAUGAAUAAUAAUUCAGGCACACUAGUCAUAGACAUAUUGAAUGGUGGAAAGGCAGAGGCGUAUGAAGGACAUUACCAGUGCAUCGCAACCAAUGAACGUGGGACAGCGAUUUCCAACAUCAUUUCAAUACGUCAGUCCAGGUCACCCCUCUGGGCUAAAGAGAAACUGGAGCCCAGAAUAGUACAGAGUGGGGUUUCCCUUGUACUUCCAUGUCGACCUCCAGCUGGUUUGCCACCGCCAAUAAUAUUUUGGAUGGACAACUCAUUUCAGAAACUUCCACAAAAUAAACGAGUAUCGCAAGGUCUAAACGGCGACCUCUACUUCUCCAAUGUGCAGGUAGAAGACUCACGGGAUGACUACAUUUGUUACGCCAGGUUCAAUCACACACAGACUAUACAACAGAAACAGCCAAUUACUUUGAAAGUUCUUUCAAUUGAUGACAUGAAUGAGACAGUUGCAGCUUAUUUGAAUGACACUGAAUUUUUUGGUGACAGCCCAACAGGGGACAGGCGCCCAAGUUUUCUAACUCCAACCGGUCCGUCGAGCAGUAAGUCUGUAUUACGAGGGCAAGUACUUUUACUGGAGUGUAUCGCUGAUGGCAUGCCAACGCCAGAUAUCGAGUGGUAUAAGGACGGUGGGACUUUACCUAACAACAGGCACUUCUAUGAAAAUUAUAAAAAAACUCUCAAAAUUAUUGAUGUUUCAGAAGAAGACUCCGGCAAAUACAAAUGCAUUGCAAGAAAUUCAUUGGGAUCCGUGCAUCAUAUAAUAUCAGUUACUGUCAAUGCUGCUCCAUACUGGUUAACACCCCCACACAACCGUAUUUUGGCUCCUGGAGAGGAUGGGACAAUUAUAUGCAGAGCAGGAGGGAAGCCGAAGCCUACAAUAAGCUGGCUAAUGAAUGGUGUUCCUGUCGCUAAUGCACCUGAGGAUCCUGGCAGGAAAAUAGAGGAAGAUAUGAUUACUUUUACAGACGUACAAGAAAGAACAAGUGCAGUUUAUCAAUGUAACGCAUCUAAUGAGUACGGAUAUUUAUUGGCAAACAUAUUUGUUAAUAUUCUUGCUGAACGUCCCAGAAUAUUGACAGUUCCUAACAAAGUAUAUCAAGUCAUUGCCGACAACCCUGCUUUACUAGAAUGUGCCUUUUUUGGGUCACCAGCCCCUACUGUUGAAUGGUUCAAAGGUGUUCAAGGAAGUGUCCUCUCUGGAAAUGCAUACGUUUUCCAUGACAGUGGAACACUGGAAAUUCCUGUGGCACAGAAGGACAGCAGUGGCACUUAUACUUGUGUAGCAAGAAAUCCCUUCGGAAAGGCCCAAAAUACAGUAAAGCUGGAAGUUAAAGAUCCCACAAGGAUAAUCAGACAGCCAGAAUACAGAACUGUUCAACGAUCCCACAGAAUUACAUUUGAGUGCAAAGUGAAACAUGAUCCCUCUCUCAGUGUAGCAGUAAUAUGGCUGAAGGAUAAAGAACCGUUAGCAGAUGAUGAGCGAUUUGUUGUGGGUGAAGGUCAUCUAAGCAUUACUGAUGUUACUGAAAAUGACAGUGGAAUGUAUACCUGUAUUGCCAAUACAACUUUAGACAGUGACUCCGCCAAGGCAGUGCUUACUGUUGUAGCUGAAGCUCCUCCUCCAACUGUCGGUUACGAUCGUCCUAAUCCUCCUGUCGACUUAGAAUUAACAAAUCGUAAAGAAAAAAGCGUACAGCUAUCCUGGGUGCCGGGAGAUGACAAUAACAGCCCUAUUGCAAAGUUUAUUAUUGAAUAUGAAGAUGUACUUCAUGAUGCUGGAAAAUGGCACCACCUGACAGAAGUACCAGGAAGUAAAACUACAACAGAGCUAAUGUUAUCCCCCUAUGUAAAUUAUGCCUUCCGUGUUAUCGCUGUUAAUGAAAUUGGAAGGAGUCGGCCAAGUAUUGCAUCUGACAGAUACCUAACAAAAGCAGCUGCACCAGAUGAUAAUCCUUCCGGAGUCCAAGGCAAAGGAAUCGAACCUGAUAACCUAGUUAUAAAGUGGAAGACCCUAAGUGGAAUGCAGUCGAAUGGGCCAGGACUUCAAUACAAAGUCAGUUGGCGGCAGAAGGAUGGUGAUGAUGAAUGGACAUCUGUUUCAGUUACAAAUGUUUCCCAAUAUAUUGUGUCUGGUACGCCAACAUUUGCUCCUUAUGAAAUAAAAGUCCAGGCAUUCAAUAACUUUGGAUAUGCUCCUGAACCAUCGGUUGUCAUUGGAUAUUCUGGAGAAGAUUUUCCAAUGGUUGCACCAAAAAAUGUUGAAGCGCAUGCUGUUAACAGUACCCUGGCAAAGAUCCACUGGGAACCAGUACCACCGAAGACUGUGAGAGGUUACCUUGAAGGAUACCGAGUUCACUACUGGAAAGAAGCAAGUACGUCAGAAACUACAAAAUGGCACGGCAGGAAAGACAGCUUGAUGUUUAGUGCAAAUAAGACUCAUGGGAUGCUACCAGGAUUAGAACCUUUUAGUCUUUACAAAGUGAAUGUGAGAGCUGUCAGUGGAAAGGGAGAAGGACCUGCCAGUCCAGAUGUAGCACUGCACACUCCAGAAGGAGUACCCAGCGCUCCAUCAUUCCUGAAGUUUACCAAUCCAAUGCUCGACUCUUUAACGCUGGAGUGGGGACCACCAGAUCAUAACAAUGGAAUUUUGACAGGAUACAUCCUGAAGUAUCAGCCAUUAAACAGCACCCAUGAACUAGGACCUCUUGUCGAGAUUAGUAUACCAGACAAUAGGACGAGCCUCAUUUUAAGAAAUCUGAGUUACAGCACAAGAUAUAAGUUCUAUUUCUAUGCCCUCACAUCAGUAGGAGCAGGAAGCCAGAUAACUGAUGAAGCAGCAACAAUCAUGGAUGAAGGACACUUAGCCCCUCCUCUUGCAACGUCCCCUGUAAUGUAUACUGUCCAUCCAACAUUCUACAAGGUUCGACCAUUUGUAUCAAGAAUCACUAAUGUUACGUCAGCUGCUGCUGAAAGCCAUGCAACUGUCAAUUGGGAGUACGGGGGACCAGAUGCGAAAUUUUAUGUUGAAUAUGGGAUAGAUGGCAGUAAAGAAGACUGGAAAAGAGAAAUUGUAAAUGCCUCUCAGUCAUCCUUUGUGAUAAAGGGUUUAACACCUGGCACAAAGUAUAAUGUUCGAGUUAUUGCUGAGGGUCCGUAUGAAGAACGUUUGGUUGCAAAGGACACGUUUAUAACUGGUCCAGCCAUGGCAAGUCGACAAGUUGAUAUUGCGACACAGGGAUGGUUUAUUGGCCUGAUGUGUGCGAUAGCCCUUCUUAUCUUGAUUCUUCUGAUUAUCUGCUUCAUUAAAAGGAAUAAAGGUGGUAAAUACCCAGUUAAAGAAAAAGAAGAUGCACAUGCAGACCCAGAAAUACAGCCAAUGAAAGAAGAUGAUGGGACAUUUGGUGAAUACAGGUCUCUGGAAAGUGACGCUGAGGAUCAUAAGCCUCUUAAAAAAGGAAGUCGUACCCCAUCGGAUAGGACGGUAAAGAAAGAUGACAGCGAUGACAGUUUAGUUGACUAUGGAGAAGGAGUGAACGGGCAGUUCAAUGAGGAUGGCUCAUUCAUUGGACAAUACAGUGGCAAAAAGGAAAAAGAAGUUGUAGAAGGAAACGAGAGCUCUGAAGCCCCUUCUCCUAUUAAUGCAAUGAACUCUUUUGUCUGAUGAGAGGAUCUUAAGUUUUUUUCAUGCAGCUAUAUGCACCAAUGUGUUCACCUAUUUGCUAUACUUAUCUGUAACUUCAUGCACAAUAAUGAUAUAAAGGAAUGUAUAACUAAGUGCUUUAGAGUAAUUAGAAAUACCAAACUUGAAAAGAUUUUUUGAUGCACACAACUGUUAUAAGAGAAAUAUAAAUCUUAAAUCAACAUUGUUGAGGGACUCACCCAUACAGUACAUAACAUUACAUCAGUUAGCUGCUUUACAUAUAGUGCAUGAGAAACGGAAAUGUUUGCUACACGUACCACAUAAAGACCAGUGUAUGCUGUGAUAUACAUGAAUUAUUUUUUUAAUUAUACAGUUUUCUGCUGAAUUUCCUAGUUAUGAGUAUUGUUUCUAUUGUCUUUUCAUUAUAAGAGUAUUAUAUGGAACAUCAAUGUCUUUGUGGACAUUGCUGUGUAUCUAGUGAUUUUAUGUAAAGCUACUAUUGUAUGUCUUUAAUGCAAGACAGUUGGAAGUGGUUUGUAUAUAUUGAAAAAUAAUUUAAGCAAGAAAAUCUUGCAUUUGUGGAUAUACACUCUUUGAAUCUAUUCCUGUUCAUGGUUUGAUGUUCAAUUAGCCUUCUCAGAAUUUUAUGGCUAUGUACUGUAUUAUAAUAUUUCUACAAUAUAAAUAUGCUGUAGGCAUUCAAAUAAUAAAAACAAUGACAUAAAUGGCACACAAUACUCCUAUAGUUGUUCAGCACAACAAAUAGAAUUAGUGGACUGCAGUGCAUUCUGGGAAUGUUGUGUCAUGUUGAAAACAUGGGAAAAAUAUGAGAGUCUUAAUAACACAGGGCAAAACUACUCAGUGCCUUUGAAUUAUCCACAUUCCAUGAUGCACUGUAUUGCUUAAUCGGCAUCACAGUGUAAUGACUCAUAGCUAGAGGACUUUGGCUAGAGAAAAUGAUUUUAUUUUAAUUAUGCAGUCUGAUGUAAACAUCACUGCAGUUCAGAAUGAGCUAGAAAGUAAUGUUAAAAAUCUUAAAGCAUGGCAUCAAAUGUAGCUGUGUAAGCCAGUAUAACAGGUAGCUACAGCAAUGAAACUGUUAACAUACAUUUAGAGCACACAAAGCUUGCAUGAUAUUGGCCUUAUGCUGUUUAAGCAAAUGCUUGAAUGAUGUGAUUCAGAUGAGGUAUGUUGCACCACAUAGCACAAUUAUUAAAGACAUUGGUUGCUUCUUUUCUAUAAAACAUUAUUUAAAAGAUGCUAUGCUGAAAAGUUAUAUGAAACAACUAAUCCUGCUCUCAUCACAGUACCCUUUGUGAGAAACUAUGAGAGCAAUUUUAUGUUUGUCAGAGUCUCAUGAGAUGUUGUUUCAAAUACUAUAGUGUUCCUGAUGUUUUUUAAUUUAUUCUUUGUCGGGUCCCAUUGAUAAAACAGUGAUGUAAACUUCAAAUUAUACAGAUUACAAAAGUCCCCAAGAUUAAGUCAAAAAUAAAUCAGGAUUCAAGCACCCUACACUGCUAUUUGUGGUGGAUGAGUAUUCUUGUAGCAUAAAAGCUCUUGUUAUAGGGUUGGAGUGUUUUCCUUGAUGAUGUAUAGCCCUGGGUAUAAAUAAGUGGUGACCUUGUGAUACCCUUCUUUAUUAUUUUGAUAUUGCAGUCCCUUGGUAUUUGCAUCACUGACUUUAAAAAUGGAGCCUUUUGUUUUUCAUGUGUUUGGCAUAUUGUGACUACUAGAUAAUGUUUGUCUGUUCAAAUGUCAUAACCACUUUAGUGCUUAAAACUCUUUCCAUUUGUGAAGAUGAACUGUACUGAAAACCAACACACACUAAGUAUGUGCACUUAUCUGCUUGCUUCUUACAUUGAAUACAUUUGAAAAUAAUUACUAAUAUCGAAAAUUUUGAAAUUUAACAGAAUAUAUAAUUGUUAUAUCAAAAACAACCCACAUCUUUUUCUUUUUUAGUUUUCCCAGGUAAUAUGCAGUGAUUCAAAUAAACUAUAACUGCAUAUAAAAUAUUUUUAAAAACAAGUAAUUGUUUACUGAGAAUGAUUUGAUGGGUCUUUAGCACUGAAGUGGUUUUUUGGCAAUUACCCUGGUGCCAUGUAGCAAAUACUGUGUUUUAUUUGCCAAGAGUUUGAGUUUUCUUAACUUGUAUCAAGUUUAUGUAAGCAUUUAUUUGUAGAUAUUUUGUUUAAAUUGUAAAUAUUCUUUAAACUGUAGACACUAUAAGCUUUUUGUAUUCAUUACUGUAAAUCAGAUAAUAUAGUCAAUUAAGUGUUAGUAUAAGAGAAGCAUCUACUGCAGUGUUUACAGUUUGCUAUGGGGGUAGUGAAAUCUGACAAAGAUGUUAUAUUCUUUAUCUACCCAACUAGAAGAAUAUGCUGGGAUAUGACACAAAAGUAGAACCUCCCCAUUUUACCAGCAUUUUUGAAAAUUAAACCUAUUGGUGCAGGAGAUCUGGAAACUGUAGCUAUGCUUUUGUUUUCAACAUCUUCAGUUUACAUGGUAAAUUUAAAAAUAAUUGCCAACAAACAUAUAGCACAAAUAUGCUCAGCAAGUGACAGUAUGACUCAAGGAAAGCACACAUUGACCAGUCAUUAUCCAAAUGUUGUAGAAAUUAAAACUAUAUCAGUAAUGUGAAAGAGCAGUAUCUUUUGGCCUGUGUGACUGUAGAUGCACAUUUUAUUUUCUGGGCAAGAGAAGGCAUACCAGCUCACUUCUCUGUUUCUGCAACAAGGUUUUGUACAAAUGUUUAAAUAAAUGUGGUUUAAAGCUUCA